AUGUCAUCAUUCGAAGAACACGACCAAAUCCGUGAGGAGGAUGAAGAAGAUUUUGGAGAAAUGCAAUACAAUAGACGAAAUCAAGACGAUGAUUUUGAAUACAACAUGGAUGAAGACGACAGCGAUGAUGAAAUUUAUUCCAUAAGUUCCGAGGAGGGAGAUGAUCACACAAGUGUUCAAAAAACACCCGUUGCUGGGCGAUUUUCAGACCUUCAAAUUAUUGGUCGGAAACACACUCCUACCAUUUCUCCUGAUACCUCUUCGAAAAGUCCCCAACAAGAUUAUUCUCGACCAUCUUCUCAUAAGGACAGUCCACCAAACAACACCAAAUCGAGAUCCACACUCAUUACUACAAGCAAUCCAAUGAAACACAAUGACUCUAUCAUUAGCGAAGCUAUUGAGCCUCCACCACCCAAGUUCUCGUUCAACACUCGAAAAUAUGAUGAUGACAUUAAAUCCUUAACUUCAAGUAGAAACGAUAGCGAUAUUUCCUCAGUGAUUGAAGAAAGUUCGAGGAAAAGCACCUUUGACUAUUUAAAACAAAAACAAGAUCAGUUAUGCAAGUUAAAUCAACAAAUUAACAUGGAAACAAAACAUGUACUAAAAGAAACUGACAAUAUUGUGAAGCAGCAAUCAAAGAAAAUUGAAGAAAUUGCAAUUAAACCUACCAGAGUCAACAGCGUUGGGGAUCAUUCGCGGUCAACAACGCCGUCACAGAACAGACACACAACGGUCACUCCAAAAAGACCUUCAAGUGCAUCUAUUGCAUCCGCUAAAAAGAAGGUUCAAGAAAAUAUUGACGAGCUUGCUCAGUACGAGGAUGACGACUUGGAUCGAGCUGCCAAUGAAAUGGGUUUAGAAGCAGCUAUGAAAUUCUACAAAGCUAGAGUUAAGUCUCUCCAAAAAGAUGUCCUUGAACAAAACAAUCAGUUAAAACUUAAAGAUGACAAAAUCAAAGAAUUAGAUGUUAGAUAUAAUGCAGCCCUAAUUGAGAGUAAGAAAGUUAACAAAAAUCAAGCUCAAUUUCAAUCAAGGCUGGACAGGCAGAGAAAAGAAUUUGACGCACUUCAACUUAAAUUUAAAAAGCAAGCCAGUAUGAUCAAUGAAAUGCAAAAGGAAAAUGAAAAACUCAAACUCAAUAUGAAGGUAGACCCAUCCUCCAACGCUAGUCCGUCGUCCAAUGAAACACCAAACUCUGAAAAUCGAAUUAAGGAAAUCAAGUAUACAAGAGCUCUCGAAGAGAUUGAAAAGUAUAAAUCUCAACUUGCUGAGCUACAAAAAUCCCAGAGAGAGGACAAUGAUAAACAACGAAAAGAAGCAGAAGCCCUGAGAAAAGAAAAUAAGAGGUUAGAACGUCAAAAACAAGAUAUAGUACUUGCCUUUAAAAAGCAAAUGAAAUUGAUUGACAUAUUGAAAAGACAAAUCAUUCAUUUAGAGGCAUCUAAACAACUGUCAUUCACAGAGGAAGAGUUUACCUCACUUAUGAAUCAAUAG